AUGUUUCUUGUAGCAUAUGCAAAGAGGAAAGACCACAACAAGGCCACUUGCAGUCAAGUUACAGGUGAUGCAUUAGAGAUGACUGGUCAGGAUGAGCAAGUAGUGGGAGUCAAUGGACGUAGGGAAGGGGUCAGGUUCAAUGCUCGUGUUCGUCAAGUUCACCAUGUAAGACCACCUAACAAAAGGAAGAAGUUAGAGAGAAUCAUUAAAAUGAAGCUUGCUAAAAAAAUGGGAGAUGAAGGUAGCAGUCCUGCAACGGCCAUGGAGUUGGAUUAG